UAAUUUUGAUAAAAUUUUUUGGUUGUUAUAGCGGCAAUAGACAUACAUCAUCCCGUAAAAAUCAACUGUCUACCUACUACCGCUCAUGAGAUGUAGCCUAGUGUCAGACAGACGGACAGGUGUUCCGACACCGUAGUUUCCAACUACUGAUGGGGCAAUCGUUCCUUGGUCUAGCCCCAUACAACUCCUGGUCUAUAGAACUUAAUACAGUGGAGAAGCGACGAGGUCACUGGAUCUUGGCUUUACUUGGUUCAAUAUUAAUAAUGGCCGGCAGUUUCUAUGCCAUGGUCUUUAAAACCCUAAACUUCAAUACUAUGCAUGGAAAAUAUGGUCUCGUCGCUCUUGUAUUCACAGUGGUGAAUCUCGUCACUGGCGUCGCCGCUCUAUACACUGUUCCAUUAAAAAAGAUUUGUAUUCCCCCCUCUCUCUCCAAGAUCACUCACCUCGUCUUUGGUGUGGUUGCUUUCGUCACAUCCGCUAUCAGUCUCUGCUACAGCUAUGACAAGAACGCCUUCAAGAACUGGAUCGGCGCAGACGCAGCAUUAGGCUGUAUUAUUUUGACUGGAAUCUUUACUGGAUUAUUAUGUAUCAAUCCUUUGUACACGACGUACAAGAGAUUUGUAACUGCUUUUAAGUAAAUAAUGUGUAAGUAGGCAAUAAGACUGUAUGCUUAAUGAUGUGGAAAUCUAACAAAAGGAAUAAAGUUAAUCGCACUAUCAGUAAUAAUAUAAAUUACCGCUUCAUAUUCAAACUACUUGGAUGAACUUAUGAAAUUUAGAAUGGAAUCAGCUGAGUCCUAGAGUGACAAAUAGGCUACUUUUUUCCCAACUGCAAAA